GUUCACAACAAUAAGUAGUGGACUGCUGUCAAGAAAGGAUUUUUUUUUUCUGUAUUCUUUUGAUUAUUUUUUCUUUCCAUUUCAUCUGAUGGGAAAUUGCUUAGGUUCUUCAGCAAGAGUUGAUGCCACGCUUAGCUCCCACACCCUUCCUGCUUCAGAGACAUUGAGAAUCCCCAGCAAGACUAGCAAUUCCUCUGCACCUUCAACUCUAACACUUCCAUCGUACAGUGGAAAAAGCGGUAGUUUUGACAGUAUUCCUACUCCAAGAUCCGAAUUUGAGAUAUUGUCAUCCCCCCAUGUUAAAUCUUUUCCAUUUAGUGAGCUGAGGAAUGCAACAAGAAAUUUCCGACCUGACAGUCUUCUUGGGGAAGGUGGAUUUGGUUAUGUCUUUAAAGGAUGGAUUGAUGAGCAGACUCUUACUCCUUCAAAGCCUGGCUCUGGAAUGGUCAUUGCUGUCAAGAAACUGAAGCCCGAGGGUUUCCAAGGCCACAAAGAGUGGUUGACAGAAGUCAAUUAUCUGGGGCAACUUCAUCACCCAAAUCUUGUCAAGCUCAUUGGGUAUUGCUCAGAAGGUGACAAUCGGCUUUUGGUUUAUGAGUUCAUGCCGAAAGGAAGCUUGGAGAACCACUUAUUUAGAAGAGGAGCGCAACCUCUCCCUUGGGCUACAAGAAUGAGGGUGGCAAUUGGUGCUGCCAGAGGCCUUGCUUUCCUGCACGAUGCUGAGGAACAAGUGAUAUAUAGAGAUUUUAAGGCGUCUAACAUUCUUUUAGACUCGGAAUUCAAUGCAAAGUUGUCUGACUUUGGCUUGGCCAAGGCAGGGCCAACUGGUGAUAGGACUCAUGUAUCCACCCAAGUUAUGGGAACACACGGCUAUGCUGCACCAGAAUACAUUGCUACAGGUCGACUCUCGGCAAAAAGUGAUGUCUACAGCUUUGGAGUGGUUUUGCUUGAAUUGUUAUCUGGACGUCGUGCUGUUGAUAAAGGCAAGGUUGGUGUGGAGCAGAAUCUGGUGGACUGGGCAAAACCAUAUUUAGGUGACAAGAGAAAAUUGUUUAGAAUAAUGGACACAAAAUUGGAAGGCCAGUACCCUCAGAAAGGAGCAUUUACAGCUGCUAACCUUGCCAUGCAGUGCCUGAACCCCGACCCAAAAGUUAGGCCACGCAUGACCGAUGUUCUAACUGCACUAGAAGAUCUCCCAAGCCCUAAAAGUUUAAAACACUCUCCAUCAGAGUAUCAAGCAUCGCCUGACCCUGCUCGCCAUUCUCUGAAACAAAAUCGUUCACCCCUGAAUAUGACUCCUUGUGCUUCCCCUUUGCCCACUCAACUGAAGUCCCCACGCGUGAGAUGAGUCAGAAGAUGCAUCUAGCUGAGGCUUCCCAUGUACAUUCCUCCUUUAUUUACCCUUUCUAUUCCAAAUUUUGUUCUAGGUUUUGUUCUAUGUAGUAGUUUUGCAGCUCCUAUGGUUCCACAGGAUUUUUGUACGUGCAAGUGCAACAGAUAUACCAGACUUGUAGAAUGUAUCAUCACCAUCCUAAGCUAAGGCUAAGCUUCUUUGUCUGUAUAAGAUUGGAACAUAUGUAUUUUUUUUUUUUUUUUACCAAACGGAUUGGAACAUAUGUAUGAUAUUCCUAUUUAAUUAACAGAUGGUAUUUUUAUCUGGA